AUGUCCCGCUUCCUUGCCCGAUUAGGCGAUCGCUGCCUCCCCUUCUUCAGGGCGCUGAAGAACCCGAAAGGUUUCCAAUGGACGACAGAAUGCGAGGAAGCCCUCAAGCAAGUGAAACAACACUUGGCCAACCUCCCUCGGCUUGCCUCAGUCUCUCCCGGGGAGAAGUUGAGCAUCUACCUAGCUGCCUCCCCGCACGCAGUAAGCUCCGUCCUGGUUAAGGAAAAUUCUGGUGAGCAGCUCCCGGUCUACUAUGCUCACCCGGUGGAGGUCAUUACGGACCAGCCGCUUCGUCAGGUCUUGUCUAAGUUCGAUGUUGCUGGACGGCUUCUCAAAUGGGCGGUGGAGCUCGGCAAGCACGACAUUCAAUACGUGCCCAGGACAGCUAUCAAAGCCCAGUCCGUGGCCGACUUCAUCGCGGAAUUAACCCAGAUCGGGGACGAGAGCCUCGGACAGCUUCCCGAGGCCUGGGUCCUGCACGUCGACGGAUCAGCCAACUCAAAAGGUGCCGGCGCGGGGCUGGUGUUGCAGGCUCCCGACGGGCGGUCGUUCGAGCGCUCCCUCCGCUUCGGGUUCCGGGCCACCAACAAUGAGGCGGAAUACGAGGCGCUUCUGGCAGGACUCAGGUUGGCCCUCGAGAUGCAGGUGGUCGCCAUCCGCGUCCUCACCGACUCCCAGCUGGUGGCCGAGCAACUCAACGGGGGAUACGAGGCCCGCGACCCGACCAUGGCGAAAUACCUGGCACAGGUAAAGAACCUGACCGCCAAGUUCCUUCAUUUUACAUUAUUUAACGUCCCGAGGGGAGAAAACGAGCAUGCCGACACACUAGCUAAGCUGGCAUCAAAACCAGCCCCCGAAGUCAGGCCCGGGGUCGAGGAGCUACCCGCCCGCGCAAUCGAAAUCGCAGCCGCAGCCUCGGGUAGUGCGCCUACCAUCUGGGUACAAGAACUGCUCCGCUUCAAACGGGACGGGACUCUCCCGCCCGACAAAGCCACAUCUCGGUGCCUACGUCGCGCACAUGCAUGGUACACCGAGGUGGGUGGACGUCUCUACAAGCGGUCCUUCUCAUACCCCCUCCUACGGUGCUUAGAGCCCGACGAAGCCCGGACCGUCCUGGUUGAGGUCCAUGAAGGGGUCUGCGGGGAACACAUCGGCGGGCGAACCCUGGCACAUAAGAUACUCCACCAAGGUUACUACUGGCCGACCAUGUGUCAGGAUGCAAAGGCCCACGUGCAACGGUGUAGCUCAUUCCAAGAACACGCCCGCACACCCCGGCUGCCCGCAGUCCCGUUAACCCCCAUGGACUGCGCGUGGCCAUUCGCGCAAUGGGAGGCCGAGCCGUUGGCGACAAUCACGGAACGACAAAUAGAAAAGUUCGUGUGGAAGAACUUGGUGACUCGGUUCGGCCUGCCGAACACCAUCAUCACAGAUAAUGGGCCCCAGUUCGCUGGUCGGAAGUUUCGGGAGUUCUGCGCGAACCACGGAAUCCAGCUAAGGUUCAGCUCGGUGGCUCACCCGCAGACAAACGGGCUGGCGGAGGUGACCAACCGGUCCAUCCUAGACGGGCUCAAAAGAAGAGUGUCCGCGGCUCGAUCAGCUUGGACGGAUGAACUCCCAAGCGUGCUAUGGGCGCUACGCACCACUCCCACAACCGCGACUAGAGAGUCCCCUUACAGCCUCGCGUUCGGAACUGAAGCUGUCCUCCCACCCGAGGUAGCCAUCGCCACCCUUCGAACAUGA